GUCAUAGCUGGUAUUUGAAAACCACCGUUAAUGAAAAAUGACAUGGAUGAGCUAUUUUGGUAACGGCGAUGACAUAAAUGAUACAAACUAUUAACGAGUGACAUAAAUGAGCCAUUUCAGAUAGUUCGAUGACAUAUUUGAGCAUUUUCCUUAAAUUAAAUAAGUGGACUCAUCCUUAAUGUCUUUUAAUUUCUUAGUGAAAUUGAGAACCAAUAGAGGCCCUACAUACCUUAUCUAUUAUGCCAGAUGGGAGCUGUUUACUCAAAACUAAAAAACCAAACAGAUUGCUCUGUUUCAACUUUCAACCAACACAUUCUUUGAUAAAUUUUCCACUUCUUUAGACAUCAAGAGAUGCCACUAUAUGUUUGCUCAUCCAAUCCCUCAUCAACUUCCAUUUCAAAGUUCAUAUCAGCCCAACCAUAUCUUCAUAUGUUAGAAACCAAAUGUAGCACCAUGACAGACCUCAAAAAGAUUCAUGCCCAACUCAUUAAAACUGGUCUAAUUAAGGACAAAAUAGCAUCUAGCCGUGUCCUUGCAUUUUCAGCCAAGUCCUCUAUUGGCGACAUCAAUUAUGCUAACUUAGUUUUCACUCACACGGAAGAUCCAAAUCUUUUCACUUGGAACACUAUCAUUAGAGGUUUCUCAGAGAGCUCAACUCCACUAUAUGCAAUUCAUCUGUUCAUUCAAAUGUUGAACAACACUUCAGAAAUUCAACCACAUGUGCUUACUUAUCCUUCCGUUUUUAAGGCGUACGCUCGAUGUGGUCUUGCGAAAGAUGGAGCCCAACUUCAUGGGAGAAUCAUUAAACUAGGCCUUGAAUUUGACACAUUCAUAAGAAAUACGUUGUUACAUAUGUAUGCAAAUUGUGGAUUUUUGGUUGAAGCAAGGAAGUUGUUUGAUGAGAAUGAAGUUGAGGACGUUGUUGCUUGGAAUUCUAUGAUCAUGGGCCUAGCUAAAUCGGGAGAAUUCGAUGAUUCUUGGAGGUUGUUUAGUAAAAUGGAAACUAGAAAUGAUGUGUCUUGGAACAGUAUGAUAAGUGGAUUUGUUAGAAAUGGGAAGUGGAGUGAAGCGUUGGACCUUUUUAGCACUAUGCAAGAGGAAAAUAUUAAGCCUAGUGAAUUCACCUUGGUAAGCCUAUUGAAUGCUUGUGGACACCUAGGAGCACUUGAACAAGGGAAUUGGAUUUAUAUGUAUGUUAAAAAGAACAAUAUUAAAUUAAAUGUCAUUGUUGUUACUGCAAUCAUAGACAUGUAUUGCAAGUGUGCAAAUGUUGAAAUGGCGUGGCAAGUUUUUGUCAGUGUCUCAAAUAAAGGGUUGUCUUCUUGGAACUCUAUGAUUUUGGGCUUAGCUACUAAUGGUUUUGAGGAUGAAGCGAUUAAGUUAUUCUCAAGGCUACAGCGCACGAAUCUCAAACCAGAUUCAGUGAGUUUCAUCGGUGUACUAACUGCGUGCAAUCACUCCGGAUUGGUAGACAAAGCUAAAGACUACUUCCAAUUGAUGAAAAAAGAAUAUGGUAUCAAACCAUCAAUCAAGCACUAUGGUUGUAUGGUCGAUAUUUUGGGACGAGCAGGACAACUUCACGAAGCAGAAGAGGUUAUAAGAAGCAUGAAAAUAGAACCUGAUGCUGUUAUAUGGGGUUCUUUGUUAUCUGCUUGUAAGACUCACGGGAACAUGGCGUUGGCAAGACGGUCAGCUGAGAAUUUGCUUGUGCUUGAUCCGAAUGAAAGCAGUGGUUAUGUAUUGAUGGCGAAUAUGUAUGCAGCCUUGGGGAAAUUUGAAGAAGCGAUGGAUGAGAGGAUAUCAAUGAAGGAGAAAGAGAUAGAGAAAGAACCGGGAUGUAGUUCAGUAGAAGUUAAUGGAGAAGUCCAUGAGUUUGCUUCUGGUAGGAAGUUAGAUUCUGAGUUCCAUGAUAUAUAUUCUUUGAUAUACUAGACACACUUAAGAAUUUAUUGUCUUUUUAGAGACCAGUGUACACAAUCACUUCAUUUGCCACUCCACCCUUUUGAAGAAAUUUCGAGGACAUAUCCUAGCACUUUCUAUGAAGCUUUCUCCAAAUGUAUGAAUGACAGGAUGCUUUCUCACACCUAAGAGUCACCUUCCUCUCACCCACCAUUGAAGCUUCCUCCAAGCUUCCUCACACCUUCCACCUACCUAGUUUUGGUCCUAUAAAUAGAGAAGCUUGUAAAGCUUUCUAUCAUCAGAUAUUAGAUCAUCACAGCACAACCAAGAAGAGUUGUGUAAUAUCCUUGAGAGAUUUGUGAGGUGUCUUUUGAGAGUUUUUUUUUUGUUAGAGCUUGUAUGUCUCUUCUUUCUAUUCUUGAAAGUAAUAGAAAUAUUUUUCUCUCAUAUUAGCUCUAUACUUUAAUUACCCCAACACCUUUAUGAAUGUCAGCAGACUUUAGAAGAACAUAGUCAAACAAACCUGCACUCUUUUGGCAGUAUAUCUAGCAGAUUAAGACUGCAAUAUCAUAUAUUUCAUGUCAAUCUAGAAACUUGUGUUAACUAUUUACCCAGUUGAACAUAAUCAACAUGAAUAAUGAUCUGUUGAGAAACAGGAUUAGGUGAAUGCACCAAAAGACCAAUAGAUUUAUCAUUGAUCAACCGUCUCCUACUCUGCAAUCAUUCUUAUUGGCGGGUUCACCAUAUUAACGGUGGAUAUCAUCAUUUAUGCACAUAUUUUCCAGCAGACCGGAUUUUGGGUCACAUCUCACACCACAAAAUCACUCACGCUGAUUUCCACCAUUACAUUCCAUCUUCACCAUAGUUACAGAGCAUUCUCUACCCUAAAACACCCACUAUUUCCACCAUUAAUGCCACUCCUUAGAACCUCCAUAACAAGACCACAGUUUCGCCUUAGUACCACCACUUUUAAUCACCGGAAAAACAGAAGCCGACGGCGGCGCACCACCACCAUCUCAGCUAAACUAGCCAUUGAACCACAGUAAAUCAUUGGUAGAAGAAGGAACAUGAGGAAGAUAAAGGAAAGAAAGAAAAAGAAAUUAAAAAAAUAGAAUAAUAAAUCAAAACAAUUUUUAAAAGAGUUUAAGUUUUGUGCAUGCACAAAUGGUAAUAUUGACCUGCUAUAGUAGGUUACUAACUUUUUACUGCAAUAAUUUUUUUGCUUCUCUAAAUACAAACUCCAGCUUUUUGUUUUUCCUCUCUCCUCAACCCUACAGAAUAUCCGUCUUCCUCGUUCUCUCAAACCAGAGUUAUCUAAUCACCCAUCUAUGUUUUCUAUCAUUGGCUUUUUGUUCCCCAUGUGUAUUAGUCCACCCAAAAUAUCAAUGUGCUUUGUUAUA